UGUACAUGCAUGUUGAACUUAAUAGAAAGUGCCACAUUUUCACACAGUAAGUAGUUUAUUUUGGGCCACACGCGCAUCACAGUAAUUCUAAUCAUGGGUGGACAAGCGAAAAGCAAGAAGAAGGGAAAAUCAAAACGGAAGGACAUGCGAUCCAAUGGAGGCGCUGGUCUUGUCGGCUUGUCUGCACAGGAGCGAAUGAAAGUCAAGGUGCAUGAAAAAGCAAAGAAAAAAACAGCUGAAAAAUACACCAUCCAACAGUUACUGGAAAAGACGGAAGAGUGCAUGGACAGCUUUGAUUUUGAAAUGGCAAAGAUGUUCUGUCAACGAGCCCUGGACAUCGAACCCACUAAUCUGAUGGUUCUGGACAUGCUGGGGAACAUCUGUGCUGAACUGGGAGACGUGGAGAAGGCCAAACAGGUUUUCCUGAGGGCGGUGGAGCUGAGUCCGGGGGAGGGCCAUAGUAAAUACAUGUACCUGGGGCAGAUCCACACGGGCACGGAGGCCGUGCAGUUCUUCAGCAAAGGCAUCCAGAUCAUGCUCAGCAGCCUGGACAACCACACGCAGUCGGCCGGUGUUGCUGGAGCAGCUGCGUUUCCCUCGGAGGACACGCCCACGGUGACGGGAAAAGAUGUUUCUGUGGCCUUCUGCUCCGUGGCCGAGAUCUUUUUCACUGACCUCUGUAUGGAGGAGGGUGCAGCCGAGCGUUGUAAAGAAGCCAUAGAGAAAGCCCUCCAGUAUGACCAGUGUAAUCCAGAAGCCCUGCAGUUAAUGGCCAGUUACCUGUUCAGCGUCGAGAACACGCAGGAGGGGCGGGACUACCUAAUGAGGAGCGUGUCGUCAUGGCUACCCAGUUUGCAAAAGGAGGCGGAGCCUGCUGCAAGAGCAGAACAGGAGAUGGACGAAGAAGAACCCACAGAGAACAACCUCCCUCCGUAUGAGUCCAGAAUAACAACCGCCAAACUGUUGAUUGAAGCUGAGGAGUUUGAGAUGGCGACAGAAGUUGUGGAAGGACUUCUGGAGGAGGAUGAUGAGGUGGUACAGGUGUGGUAUUUGUUGGGAUGGGUGUGUUAUCUGCAAGUGAACAAAACAGAGGACUCAGAGAACCUCAGAAAGUCAGCACGGACGUAUCUCACCAAAGCCAAAAAGCUAUACAUGAAGUUGCAUUGUGAGGACCCACCUUUGCUUGAGCACAUUCAGCAACUGUUGGGAGAGCUUGGAAAUGGAGACGAGGAUGAGGAUGAUGAAGGUGGACCUUCUGUAGAAGAUAUCGGAGAUGAUUUCAUUCAGAGCAGUGACGAAGAAGAGGAAGAAGACACCAUGGAGCACUGA